CACUAGCGUUGAGUGGUGACUACAAGGACCGAGGGGCCCUGCGGUGGCCAAGUGGCGCCCUCUGGCGCUGCAGAGCGCCACUGCAGCAGCUCGGCCGGCGGCGCGUGAGGCUCGCGCGUCUCUCAGGAUGUCCAGCCUGGUGUCGGUGGACUUCGAGGUCUUCGGUCACGUGCAGGGAGUGUGUUUCAGAAUGUACACCGAGCAGGAGGGACGGCGCCUCGGCCUGGUGGGAUGGGUGAAGAACACCUCAGCUGGAACCGUGGUCGGUCAGCUCCAGGGUCCCGGCGCCGUGGUGGAGGAGAUGAAGGUUUGGCUGAGCAGAGAAGGGAGCCCCAGCAGCCGCAUCACCAGGGCGUCCUUCUCCAACCAGAGAAGCAUCCAGCGCCUGGAGCUGUCCGGCUUCAACACCCGCUUCUGACCCACCUCUGCCAGGCCUCCUGCUCCAGAGCGCCCCCUACCUCGCUUCACGCCACUGUCUCCAUGUGUCCUUCCGCUGGCCAGACUCCAGCGGGUUGUGGGUUCGAAUCCCCGCCCCCACCUCUGUGACCGCAGUCUAAACCUGAUUCCGUGAUGCAAACACUCAACCUUGUGAUGGUGUUGUUACUCAACAAGUCAUGUGACCUGAUGACCAGCCAUGUGAUCCAAUUAAACCACAGCAGGAGCGUCCACGAUCAAACGGUGACUCAGCAGGAUGAGCGAGAGGCGGAGCCUCUGCUCGGCAGCCGUCAGGCGGCUGCUCCUCUGAAGGAAGAGGUCAGGGGUCACCCUUCAGUUUACGCUGGGUUUAAUAGUUGAGACCCGCUUUUGGCGCCGCUGCCUCCGUGUGUGUGUGUGUGUGUGUGAUGACAUCAGAGUGUGUCUUGGCAAUAAAGACGAUCA